UGAACAGUGCAAUGCAUUCUGACGUUUCUCUCGCUCACAUAGCUGUUGAGGUUGAGGAGCGAAGCUUGCGCAGUUCUGCAUGAAAUUACUGAUAAUUCAAAGGCGCGCGCCGAGAACACCAUGCAUCCCGAUUUGGAACGACCUGGAGAGGGGGUGUCCAUACCUUUCAUGUGCUGUCGGAGAAAACACUUUGCGUAAUUUACCCAGGAAUGCACCUUGAAGAAGGCAGCCAUUCUGGAGUGGGGCGCUUUAUUUUAAAACAGUGGGUCUUUUCCAGUCAGUUUCUGCUUCAACAAUCUGUUUUCAAUAAGGAUGAACAGGAAAUCUAAUCAAGGCUGGAGAUAUCAAAGUGAAAAUGUUACUGUAGGAAAUAAAGUGGAGACUGUGGCUGUGCGCAUUCUGGUUUCUCCCAACGAAAGCAAGUAGUCUAUAUGGUUACGCGCACGUUGUGCUUUGUGAGAACAAGACAUCAACCAACCGAAGAUGGUUCUUUGUGCUUUAAUAUUAGCUUUGGCUGACUUGAAUUAAAAAAUAACUGUAGGCCUAUAGAACAUCCGUGGAAUUGACCGUUUAUUCCCCACCGUUCAAAUGCUGGAAUGGCUAGUGGUUUUGUGUAUUCUGAUUCUGGUGGCCGUUAUUUGGCCAGCUUCGAAAUAUUUUGGUACCCAGGGCGAGCCAGACGCACUCCUCCAGAGGCUCGGAAUUUCACGGCGGCAAACGAAGGAGAGGGUCUCGGAGAGGUGCGUCUCAGACCGGGAGGUCCCGGGGGACUGGGCUAAUGCCCAGACACCGGACUUGGAAGGUGAGAAUAAAGUCCCCGCUGUUGCSCUGAUAUGCAAACCCUCGGCGCUGGCCAACUAUCUCCUCAAACACUGCAGGACUUUCAGCAAUUUCACGGCRUGCACCGGAUGGACAUGGCGGGCGAGUGCGUUUCUUCAGACCGUCUACGGCGCGUGCUGGCCGUACAAGAGCCGGGUGCAUUUCGUGCGGGACUACUUGCAGUUGAGUGACGAUGGUCUCGUGGCACUGGACUGGGCAGUGUCGGUGGCCGGUGYGUCGUACCAGAAACGGAGGAGAACCUCGAGUAAUUCCACGAGCCCUAUCCUCCUCAUCAUACCCAACUCUUUCGGGAAAAUCACUAGAAAUGUGCUGAAGCUCUGUGAGGUGGCGUUGUCCCAUGGCUACCUACCCGUGGUGUUUAACCGGCGCAGCCACAACGCCACCCCCCUCAGCACCGUCAAGCUGCAGCAGUUUGGCGACCCAGGGGACCUACGCGAGGCCGUGCGCUACAUGCGCUACAGGCAGCCCGUGAGCCGGCUGUACGCGGUGAGYGAGAGCACSGGGUCCGGYCUCCUCCUCKCCUACCUGGGAGARUGUGGUUCAUCCAGCUACGUGACGGCCGCCGCCUGCCUCUCGCCAGUGUUCCGCUUGCCAGACUGGUUGAGAAAGGACCCAUCUGGCCCCUACACUGGCUCUGGUGGACUUACCAGAAGAUAUGCCCAACAGGAGGUGCUGUUCUGCCCUAAAGGAGCCCCGGCCAUAGCAGCGGGCACCAGCAGCAGCAGUGGGGGAGCCUGGGAGGCCUACUGGGAACGCAAUGAACCCCUCCGGGAYGUAGACGAAGUCGCCAUCCCYGUUCUGAGUGUCUGUGCUCAGGAUGACCCUAUCAGAGGAGACCCCCAGUCUACCCUACCCCUGGAACUCUUCGAGAGCAACCCCCACUUCUUCCUGCUGCUGACCACCAGGGGGGGACACUGUGGCUUUAACACCCAGGAAGGGAGUGCUUUCUCUGGGGGAGUGACCGGUGGAGGGUCCCCUGGGACUAGCUGGAGCCACCAGGCCCUGCUGGAGUUCUUCAGGGCCACCACGGACUUCAUUGCGGCAGAGGAGAGGGCUAAGCAGGCUGUCAGACGAAGGGGCCUAGGGGGUAGCAGCCAGGGCAAAGUCUUCAGACAUCGUAGUGUCAGUACCUGUAAGAGGCUGCCCGCAUGCUCACAUAAUAUACACACUAUCUACAACUGGCAGAGGUCUUAUACACGAUGA